UGAAUGGUUGAUUGGCAUCGCGGUCUCGAUCGGAUCAGCCGUUCAGCAUGAGCCGCACUAGUAGAAUGGAUUGGUCGUCGCUCCCGGCGGAUCUCCUGCUCGCCGUGUUCGCGCGCCUCCCCCGCGACGCCGACCGCGCCCGCUUCCGCGCCGUGUGCGCGGGGUGGGGCGCCGCGGCCGCGUCGUGGCGCCCGCGCCCCUGGUUCGUCGGGUCACGCACCGACCGCUUCGGCCGGGGCGCCGCCAUGUCGUCGUUCUGGCUCUCCCGCCGCAGCCGCGGCGGCGGCGGCCUUGUCCCGUUCGCCGCCGCCGUGCCCGCGGGGCUGGAGUUCCUGUCGUCGUCGUCGCAUGGGUACCUCGCGCUGUCCGACCCUAUGGCGACUCCCAAGGCGGUCGCCCUCGUCAACCCCGUCACCGGCCGGCGCAUCCGGCUGCCGCCGAUCGGGUUCUUCAAGAGGUGGCAUGACGUGGCGACCGUCGUGCUGUCGGCUGACCCGGACACCGCCGACGAGUGGGCCGCCGUGGCCGUCGGGUUCCCGACCAACUGCCUCGCGUACUACAGCUCCGCCGCCGGAGCGUGGACGCCGCUCGGCUUCAGCGCGGCCGGUUACGCCGGCGUCGAGCAUUUCAGGGGGCGGUUCUACGUCGCCUUCAAGUCGCAGCUCUGUGUCUGCGACGUCGAGGCGACCGUCCCCGCGGUCAUCCCGCUCGAGCAAUUAAUCGACGACGACGACGGCGGCGGCGAGAACGUCGACACCGGCAGGAGAGUCGUCGAGACCCACCUCGUGGAGUGCGACGGCGAGCUGCUGCUCGUGUCGGUGCACGACAACCUGGAGCGCAACCCAGAGGACACCACAAUCUUCGGCGACGACGACGACCACGACGGUAGCAGCAGCAGCAGCAGCGACAGCGGCGACGGGCGCGUGGUCGAGGUGCUCAGGGUGGAGUGGGUGGCCGGCGGCGCGGUGCGGCUGGUGCGGCAGGAGGACCUCCGUUCCCGCGCCCUCUUCCUCGGCCGGAACCACGCGUUCGCGCUCUCGCCGGAGGAGUUCCCGUCGUGCCGAGCCAACUGCGUCUACCUCGUCGACCAGCAGGGCCACCCCGACGGACGCGUCAGGGUGUUCGACAUGAACGCGGACGAACGGUGGGAGCCCGAGGAGGCGGCCGUCGUAGCGAGGAACUAUGCUCGCCGUGAUGAGACCAUUUUCCCCCCCGACGACGGCCGCCGAGACGCACAGUCGGCAGGUUGGGCUCGCCGUGGUUGGUUCUUCCCCAAAUACUAGCUAGUUAUUCACGCGUUGGUGUAACCUUUUUUCUUUCUUUUUUGACGCAAUGUUCGUGUAACUAGCCGGGUCAUGAUUGGAUUAAGUACCUUAUAUUUAUAUUAGGCUUAUUUUUAAUGAGAGUUUAUGGCAUUAUCUUUU